AUGUCGCUGCUCAUCGGCCGCUUUGAGCAUCUCCCCAACAGGCCACGCUCAGAUGAGGCGAGGCCUCUCUUGGAGAAGAUUGCAAGCCAGGUCAAGCCCAUCAUGGUGAAGCGCGGAUGGAAGGUUGGAACUCUUGCAGAGUUUCUGCCCGCCAACCCGGCACUGCUCGGCAACAACAUGAACCACGGCCAGCAGAUCAACCUGCGCCUACGACCUCCCGGGAACACCUCGACGUUUUAUGAAUACGACCAGCUCGUCCUUGUCAUGCUACACGAACUCACCCAUAUUGUACACGGCCCACACGACGCCAGCUUUUACAAGCUGCUGAGCGAGCUCGAGGAAGAGUUCUACUCACUCAAGCACAAGGGCUACGAAGGCGAAGGAUUCCACUCGGCCGGAAACCGCCUCAACGGCGUGCGCGUCAACGAGUACGACGGCCGUCGCAGGGGUCUCGCAGCCGCCGAAAAGCGCCUCAACCAGGCCAAGGCUCUCGGACGCGGAGGCGUGCUUGGAGGAACGUCUCGGAAUGCUGGCAAGACGAUGCGUGAGAUUGUGGCAGAGGCUGCAGAGAGGCGCAUGCAAGACGACAAGGCAUGCGACACGACACACACCGCCGAGGUAGAGGAGGAGAUCCGCAAGGCUCAGGCCGAGAGCGUUGGUAUCGACGCCAAAGACAUUAUCGACUUGACGGGUUCUUCGGACGAUGACGACGAGUCUAUCGAGGACACAACCCCAACGCCCGUGGACGAGAAGGAUACCAAGAAACGUCCUCUGCCCGCUGCUGCGCCUGCCGCCCCGCCCGCCCGCCGCCCUCCACCAGUGUCCAAGCCAACGUCCUCUGCUGCACACAGCCGUCCGGCCAAGUUGCCUGCCUCGUCGUCCAGUGCUACCCCCACUCCCCCCAUUCCCGUAAAGGAGGACUGGGCAUGCUCGACGUGCACGCUCAUCAACCCCAUUUCGGAGAAGGCGUGCCAAGCGUGCACGGCGCCUCGCCCGCCACAGAGUGUCUCUGCUACAGGCUGGUUCUGUGACUUCUGUGGUGCUGGACCGCGUGACAUGGGCAUGUGGAGCUGUGGAGAGUGCAGCUGGGUUCGCAAGUGGGGAUAA